GUUUCCGCCUCUUCUUCUUCGUCUAAGGGAAGUGUCCUCCAUGGUGUCAUUGUGGGCUUGUUGUUGAGGUUGAACAUCCAGAAAUAAGAAAUGUCUGGGUACACACCGGACGAGAAGCUCCGCGUCGAGCAGCUUUCAAAGCUCCGGAGACAAUGGUUGAAGGACCAGGUGCUCAGCCCCAGAGAGCCCGUGCUGCCAGCCAAAGCUCCCGGCGCGAUCCAGAAGUUCUGGACUGGCUUUCUGGAGCCCAAGAGCCUGUGGAGACUUUACACCUACAAAGCAUACAAAGGUGGAGUCUUCACAUUUACACGGCUGCUGCUACCUGCAUGGGUUGUUCACUACUAUGUGAAAUACCAUUUGGCUGAAAGGCCAUAUGGCAUUGUGACAUUGAAACCCAGGCUGUUCCCAGGUGACACCAUCCUGGAGACGGGUGAAGUUGUUCCAGAUCUCCCUGAGAGCCACGGUCAUCACUGAACCAGAAAUAUUUCAAUAAUUUAGAGUUUCUGUUGUAAAAACUGUGUAUACGCCAAUAAAUAUUAAAAAUCCC